AUGUCCAAAGUCGUGCGAAGCGUGAAAAACGUCACAAAGGGAUACUCCUCAGUGCAGGUCAAAGUCCGCAAUGCUACAAGUAACGACCCAUGGGGCCCAACGGGUACCGACAUGUCCGAGAUUGCCGCCAUGACUUUCGGGAGCCCGAACGAGUUCUACGAAAUCAUGGACAUGCUUGACAAGCGACUCAAUGAUAAGGGCAAGAAUUGGCGCCAUGUUCUCAAGUCGCUGAAGGUUUUGGAUUACUGUCUUCACGAAGGCUCGGAAUUGGUGGUGACAUGGGCUCGCAAAAACGUUUACAUCAUCAAGACUCUGCGUGAGUUCACAUAUGUCGACGAGGAAGGAAGGGAUGUCGGACAGAAUGUCCGUGUCGCCGCCAAAGAAUUAACUGCAUUGGUACUGGACGAAGACCGAUUGCGCAGUGAACGAUCCGAUCGCAAGCUCUGGAAGACUCGUGUCAGCGGACUCGAUGAAGGCUACGGAAACUCGGGCGCCGAACCACCACGCAGAGAACGACGCCGACGCAAUGGAGACGACGACUCCGAUACCGAGUACCGCUUGGCGAUCGAAGCCAGCAAGGCCGAGGCCGAGGAUGAGCGCAGGCGACGCGCGAAGGAGACAAUGGGAGUCGAUAACGACGAGGAUCUUGCCAAGGCGAUCAAGCUAAGCCGGGAGGAAGAAGACCUGCGAAAGCGAGAGUUGGAAGAGAGUAAUGCGCAAUCCCUCUUCGACGACAGCACUCCGGCACAAGUCCAACCAACUGGCUACAACCAAGGCUACCAGCAACAGGGUGCUGUGGACUGGUUCGGUAACCCGAUCAACGCACAGCAGCCUAUGACUACUGGCUUCCUCAACAACCAAUACGCACAGCCAACAGGAUUCCAGAACCAACCUACGGGCAUGAACAACCCCUACGCUACUGGUUUCCAAAACCAACCCACGGGCUUCGACCAGAACCCGUAUGGUCAGGCUCAAAACAACUUCCUGCAACCCCAGGCUACCCUUCAGCCCCAACACACCUCAUUCAACCCUAAUAACCCUUACGGAGGAGGCGAUAUUUUCUCGCACCAGCAGCAGCAACAACCACAGGAGAAUUACCAGUCCGCAGGCAGUAACAACCCGUGGUCAGGAAACCAGCCCCAGCAGCAGUCAUUGCAGCCAGCCGACGCCCUCAGACCCAUGCCCACAGGAUCAAACAACCCCUUCGCGCAACGUACCCAGUCGCAAUUCAACAGCCAUGCGCAGACCGGUCCUCCUACCCUGAACUCCUUGGCCGAGGAUCGCACAACAAACCAGUUCUCCCAGAACAACGCGAACCCUUACGCCCAGAAGCAAUUCUCCCAGCCAACUCAACCCAACCCGAUUGCCAACUUCCAAGCCCCACAGCCACCGAAGAGCACCCCACCGCAAUCUAGCGAUCCCCAUCAUGCUCGCCUGAACGCUCUUCUCGGAUCAGGCGAAGGCCAGGACACAUUCGGUAACGUUGGAGAUCUCCGCAUCCCCGCGCAACACACAGCACCAGGUACCUUUGUCAACUCUGCGGGUCAGGGUCUGGACCGUCUACACGCCACUCCAACCGGAAACCCAUACAUGCAACAACAGUUCACUGGGAUGCCCCAGCAAACAGGCUAUGUGCAGCAACAGCCCACUGCCAGCAACCCUUGGGCAACUCAGCAGCAGCAGCGGGGUGGAGGUAGCUUGAUUGACCUGUAA